AUGGGAAACAACAAUGUCUGCUUAGGUGAAAUACAAAAUAAUGUACCUCGUUAAGGAUCUCCAGAUACAAAAUGGAAAAGAGAAGAUCUAAAAUCAGGUUCAUGUGUUUAAACAUUAAUGGAUAAAGAAAAUAAUAAUUUUUUUAAGAUGGUCUAAUGUGGACCCUCAACACCGUAUUAUAGAAAUGAACAUUCAGCUUAAAGAUGGUCUUAAGCAAUUGCCACCUUGAACUAUGCAGAUGAUAUCUAAACAACCGUCAAUCUAUUAUACAAUAAACCAGAAUUUGAAGAACUAGUACUAUUAGGACCUCCUAAAGAAUAUAGAUGGGCUACUUGGAAGGCCCUUUUGACUAAUGGAAAAAUGCAUUUAUCAUACGAAAAGUAUUUGGAAUAUAUGCCAAUUGAUGUUAAAAAUAUUCUGAAAGAUAUAGACCGAACGUUAGUGAAUCAUGCUUUAUUUAAACAUGAGAAUUGUGGUUAAGAAUAACUUAAAAGAAUUCUCUGUGCCAUAUCAAAUGCAUUACCAGGAGUAGGUUAUUGUUAAGGAAUGAAUUUUGUAUGUGCUUUAACUUUGAUUGUAUCUGGAUGUGAUGAACAUAAGACUUUUUAAUGUUUUAUGUAAAUGUUAACUAAUGAAAAACAUUUACUAUGCUUUAAUUUUUGUCAUGAUAUGCCAUUACAUUUCUUUUUUACCAAAUUGAUACAUCAUUUAAUACGUAAAAAGUUUCCAAAACUGAAUCUUAAAAAUGUAAAUGAUUCACUUUGGAUUAGCAAAAUGAUUUUAUCGCUUUUUAUAUAUGUAUUUAAGUUAGAUGAUUGCAUUCGAUGUUGGGAUUAUCUUAUGGUAAGGGGAAUGAUUCGUGGAAUUCCUGAAUUAAUAUUAGGUUUCAUAGAUGUGACAUAAAAACAAUUAGAAUAAUUUAAAGAAGAAGAUUAUGGAUUUAAUUUUUAAGGUCAUGAAACUAGUAUAAUAUAAUUUAAUGUGGGUGAAUUAAUAUAUGCAGCCAAAUAAAAACAUAAUAUUGAUAGAUAAUUGAUCUCAAGAUUAGCAACCAAAAUGAAAAAAAGUAAACCAUCUUAAUUGCUAGACUUACUUUCUCAUUUUGAAAAUAUAUAAACAUACAGAAAACAUGUUCAAUUUUAUAUGAAGACCAUAUUUGAUUUAUACUGA